UGGCGCGGGAAAUACUCGACUAGGUGAAAGUUCUGUCAUGGUUUCCAGAGCUGUUCUAAGCUGGUCGGCUUGUGAAUAUAGAGAGCGCUUCUUACUGCCCGACUUUGCUCGUGCGAGUGAACGAGGUCUGGCCGCGUGAACGCCAUUUGAUUAGUGGAAAAGCUCGAUGGAUCGUCUGAACUGCUUUCAGGGUGACUGUUGAGCUAUGUACGGACCAUCAGGUGACAUUUCGUCAGUCGUUAUCGGGGUUUUGAAGUCGUCGUCUACCGAUUCUGCGCAUCGGCAGUUCUCCUCAAGGGCAGCGAAGAAGCCGAGAGUCAAAACGGAACCGAUCGUGGGAAGGAAGACGGCGCCAGGUCUGAAAGGACCAGCAGCCGUGCGAAGGCGGAGAGACACAAAGCAGCGACAUCGCGGGAAAGGGAGCACGGAAGGUAUGGCUCCUACCACGCGGAAAGCUCAGGCUACUGUUCCGAGUGGCAAAAUUGCCGUCGGCGCACAUGUUGCGUACAUCGAUCCCGCGACUCUUCGACACGCGGCUCCACGUGGAGCAGGUACGCAUUGCCAUUGCUGCAGGCAAAAGCGGCCUCGAUCUCAGCUCAUACCAUGCGGGGCUUCGGCGGGCGAAGGUGGAGCAAAACACGGACCAUGGUGUCACAGAUGCAUUGCGACGCGGCUCAACCAGAGCCCAUGGUGUUUGGUAAUGUCCACUUCCGCUAGUGGCAAGAACAAGGGAUGGCGCUGUCCGAGCAAGUCGAUGGAGGAGUACAUGAGACACCUUGAGGAAGUGUUGCAGAUCCUCAAGGWUGCGCAACUCCAUCUCAACUUAGAGAAAUCUGAGUUUGGGAGGGACAGYGUCAUCUACCUUGGACAUCGGUUSUCUGUUGCAGGCCUAGAGCUUGAGGCAACCWAAGUUGAGGUCUUCCGCAACUGGGCUCAACAGGCAAAUGUCCGAUUGCUAUCGUCUUCAGGGAAACAGGCAAGGGGCAUAGAGGAGUCAUCAACACUCUCUACAGCAAGGGAAGUUGGGCAGUCAGUUGCAGGCCCUUCCGAGGAGCCUGGAUCUGAUCAGCAACGUUCUCUUGAGGCCCAAACUAAGGCUGAAUCCAAGGCUGACGCAGUCCAAGUAUUGUACACUGAGCCUUGGGAGGAGUCUAAAGAGGUCGACCUCCACGCCCACAUGAAGCAUUGGCUGCAGCUCAAGCAGCAACGUCGUGUUCAAGGGAGCGUGAAGCUGAUUUUCUUUAAACUACUUGUUAACCGCCGAUACAUCCGUGUGCUGAUUGACAGUGGUUCGACCACUAAUUUCUUCUCUCCGAACGAGAUUCGUAAGGCAGGCCUGGGUAUGAAGCAAGUGGAACUGCAGAACCCUUGCCAGACUCAGGUGGGCAACCAAGAGGUUGUCACUUUUACUCAUGUUGUCAAAGGUGUGCGCAUCACCUUUGACAAAGAUCGCACUAUCACACAUGAGCUGAAUUUCUAUGUCCUGGACAACUGUCCUUUCGACGCGGUCAUUGGCUUGGGCUGGCUAAAGGCUCAUUGCCUAAGGACCACGUGGGCAAACAACCAGUUCGUGGUACUUGAUGCCAAGGGGAACGAGUGUACCGUCUUACUAGACGAGACACGCGAGUCCCCUGUGACUCUUCUCAGUGCUAACAAAUUCUGCAGCAAGUCCAUGGAGGAGCACGUCAAGCAUCUCGAGGAGGUCUUGCAAGUCCUCAAAGAUGCUCAACUGCACCUCAACUUGGAGAAAUCUGAGUUUGGCAGGGACAGCGUCAUCUACCUUGGACACCGGUUGUCUGCAAGCGAGGGAGGUGCAGAUGCCCCUAUUGUGCAUGCGGAGGGAGGUGCAGAUGCCGCUCCAUAUCUGGAAUUCGUUGCUGUUCCAGGACCGGUUGAGGAUCUCCGACAGCAAAUAGUUCCACAUCUGGGACAGGAACGAGUUCCAGAAGAGUUUCUUGAUCUGGAGUUGCUCCAUAUCUGGAAUAGGAAGUUCCAGAACUCGCUCCAGAUCUGGAACAGCAACCAGUUCCUGCAGCUGGUCCAGAUCUGGGACAGGAAGUUCCAGAGCUCGCUCCGGAUCUGUAACGGGAAACCGAACCAGAUCUGGAAUAGGAACCACUUCCAGAACCGGUUCUGGAUAUGCGACAGCGAGAAGUUCCAGAUCUGGAACAGCGUGAAGGACAGAGUCAUUGGACUGCUUGUUGGCAGUUCUUGCACAGCGUAAAGACAUGGGAAAAAUAAAAAAAAACAGACAGAGGGCUCCGACAUGGAAGAAGAAGAAGAAGAAACAAAACAAAAACAAAAAC